UUGAGGAAAAAACCCUAAACCCUCCUCAUCGUACAAGUCAUUCACCCGGCGCCUAGCUCACUGAGAGUCCGGCUUUCAUCCCCCAGUCUCUUUUUCUACUUGUUUGCAAAUUUUCGGCUAAUAAUGAUGAAGAUAAAGACCCCAAAGAAAGGAAGAAUCAGGCGAGAGCUUGAAAAACGUGCCCCUAAACUGGUGGAAGGUGGGAAGAAAACUUUAAUACUUCACGGUACUAAAACUAGCCAUGUAUUAAAUGCUGUAUUGACUGAGCUUUAUCAUCUGAAGAGGGAUAAUUCGGUUAAGUAUAGCAGGAAGAACGACAAUAUUAGGCCGUUUGAGAGUGGCGGCGAAACUUCCUUGGAGUUUUUCUCUCAAAAAUCUGAUUGCAGCAUUUUUGUGUAUGGAUCUCACUCAAAGAAGCGACCUAACAAUCUUGUUAUUGGACGAACUUAUGAUUACCACAUCUAUGAUCUUGUUGAGGUGGGUGUGGAGAACUUCAAAAGCAUGGAGGCUUUCUCUUAUGAUAAAAAAUUGGCUCCAAAAAUUGGAUCAAAACCUUUCUUCGCCUUCAUUGGAGAAGGAUUUGAGAAUGUUGAAGAGUUGAAGCAUUUGAAAGAAAUGUUACUUGAUUUAUUUCAUGGGGAGGUUGUGACAAAUUUAAACCUUGCUGGAUUGGAUCGUGUUUAUAUAUGCACAGCUCUGCCAUCAAAUAAGGUGUUCUUAACUCAUUGUGCAUUACGGCUAAAAAAAUCUGGCACAAAAGUCCCUAAGGUAGAGUUGGUUGAGGUUGGCCCAUCUAUGGAUUUGGUAGUUCGACGAAAUCGUCUUCCUGAUGAGAGAUUAAAGAAAGAGGCUAUGAAAACUGCUCUUGAUAAAACGAAGAAAAAGGAGAAAAAUGUUGUAAAAGAUGCUAUUCAAGGAAAACUUGGGAAGAUUUAUAUUCCUGAUCAAAAGGUUGGGAGUGUGCCACUGCCUCACAAAGUAAAAGGACUUAAGAGGGAGCGCAGGGAAGCUAAGACGAAGAGCGGCGGAACAGACCAGCCUGAAGAAAAGAAACAAAAGAUGGAUUCUGAAUGAUUCUUAUUUUGCCAGUAGGUAGUGUGGCCUUUUGAAGGUCUUGCUAUUUUUCUUUUAGGUCAAUGCAAUUCUAAUUUUGCAUUUACCAAUCUGUGUCUGUGCUGUUCUACCAAUCUAAUUCUUGAUUUUGCUAUGACGGAUGGAUAUUUUAUGGGUUUAUUACUUAACAUUCCAUUUUAAAUGGCAUCUAAAUCCAUACACAUACUGUUUGAGGCAACGCCCGCAUCAAAUGGUCAUUUUUGUACUCUGGGUUAAGUCUAUUUUGUAUCUGAUAUGAUAUUGGUGUACUUGUUUCCAAGGAAUAUACCUUUAUAUGGUUGCUCA